CAACCAAUAAGCAUCUGACAUUUGACAGGAAACGGCUGACCCUGGGGCCUGCUGGCCAAUCAGCGUCGAGCGAAGGCGGUGUUUUCACUGUGAUUCUCCCACGUGACCCUCCUUAGUAGUUCCCAGGCGGUCACAUCGCGGAGCUGGAGACAAUGCAUCAGAAGUUCCUGUUGUUCAUUCUUCUGGGGGCAGGCCUCCUCUGCCUCAGCUUGGCCCCCGUCUCGCAGGCUCAGGAUCAGGACGAGGACAUGGAAGUGGACGUGGAGGACGACCUGGAUCUGGGCCUGGCUGGAACUGAGGAUGAUGAAGAGGAGGAGCUAGAGGGAGACGAACAGGACGAAGCCCCGCCUGCCUCAAAAACUCCUGCUGCACCAAAGGUGACCUACAGGGCUCCAGAACCGAUGGGGGAACACUUCUUUGCAGAGUCUUUUGACCGGGGGACCCUGGACGGGUGGUUUCUGUCCAAGGCGAAGAAGGACGAUGCUGAUGAAGAGAUUGCAAAGUAUGAUGGUAUUUGGGCAGUAGAGGAGAUGAAGGACAGUAAGCUACCAGGGGAUAAAGGUCUGGUCCUGAAAUCUAGAGCCAAGCAUCACGCCAUCUCCGCACAGCUGCUGCGACCUUUCACCUUUGACACCAUGCCACUCAUCAUCCAAUACGAGGUGAACUUCCAGUCCGGUAUUGACUGUGGUGGCGCCUACAUCAAGCUGCUGACUGAGACUCCUGAACUGGACCUGGACCAGUUCGUGGAUAAGACUCCAUACACCAUCAUGUUUGGACCCGACAAAUGUGGAGAAGAUUACAAGCUGCACUUCAUCUUCAGACACAAAAACCCCAAAACCGGAGAGUAUGAGGAGAAGCAUGCCAAGAAACCCGAUGCUGACUUGCGGUCCUACUUUACCGACAAGAAGACGCACCUGUACACACUGGUGGUGAACAACGACAACAGCUUUGAGGUUCUGGUGGAUCAGACGGUGGUGAACAGCGGCAACCUGCUGAAGGACAUGACGCCCCCCGUGAACCCCCCCGCUGAGAUCGAGGACGCUGAUGACCAUAAACCGGAGGACUGGGACGAGAGGCCGAAGAUCCAGGACCCUGAUGCCGUAAAACCCGAAGACUGGGAUGAGGAUGCUCCUGCUCAGAUUCCCGAUGAAGAUGCAGUCAAACCGGACGGCUGGCUGGACAACGAGCCAGAGUAUGUCGGAGACCCAGACGGCCUCAAACCUGACGACUGGGACGAGGACAUGGACGGAGAAUGGGAGGCCCCCCAGAUCCCUAACCCUGCCUGCGAGAGCUCCCCUGGUUGCGGCCCCUGGAAACGGCCAAUGAUCGACAACCCCAACUACAAGGGCAAGUGGAAGCCCUCCAUGAUUGACAACCCUAACUACCAGGGCAUCUGGAAGCCGAGAAAGAUCCCCAACCCAAAUUACUUCGAGGACCUGCAGCCUUUCAGGAUGACGCCGUUCAGCGCCCUGGGACUCGAGCUCUGGUCCAUGACCUCUGACAUCUUCUUCGACAACUUCUUCAUCACCAACGACCGCAACACCGCUGACCGCUGGACUGCUGAUGGCUGGGGGCUGAAGAAGGCUGCAGAGGGCGCUGCUGAGCCUGGUCUGGCAGCUCAGAUGCUGAACGCUGCAGAGGAGCGUCCCUGGCUCUGGAUCGUCUACGUUCUCACCGUGGCUCUCCCGCUCGUCCUUAUCGUUGUCUUCUGCUGUACGGGCAAGGAUAAGAAGAAGAGUCCAGCAGCAGAAUACAAGAAGACCGAUGAACCUCAGCCUGACGUAAAGGAGGAAGAGGAUGAGGAGGAAGGAGAGGAAAAGACUGAGGAGGCAAAGAACAGUUCAGAGGACAAAAGUGAUGAAGAAGUGGCUGCUGCUGAGGAAGAGGAUGGAGAGAAGGAGGCCACAACAGACGAGAAAGAGGAUGAUAUUCUGCGGAGAUCUCCCAGGAGCAGGAAGGUCAGAAAAGACUGAUGUCUGAAUCCUCAGCCCCCUCACCCCCAUCCUCCUCCUCUUCCUCUGCGCCGAGGCCAUGAAGCCUGAAUGGAUCCAGUGAACGCAGUGAAGCCGGCAGAAAUUUGACGAAGAUUCCAACAUGAACCGGUUUUGGACUGAAAAGGACUUUUUAUUUUUUUGUUUUCUAAGAGAUUAACUGAAAUUCACUAAAACUUCCUUCAUCAUUCCGACCCGCGGGGCCGACGUUCCUCCUGCUCCACCAAAUGGGAAAGAUGGCCCCACUGGACCCACACACUGACUGCUGAUAAUUACUUACAAACAUCCAUCUACUAACCGUUUAUAGAGUUUCUGAAUUGGUCUGCUAACUGUCUAAUAAACCCAGAGCUUAGUGGUUUGAGGAUAUUUAAACUGGCAACACUCCAACUUUUUCCAUGUCUGUUUUUGUCCUGUUGGCUGUAGAUCAGUAACUUCUCAGUGUUCCUGCUCCUAAAGCGCUCUGUUGUUCAGACGGAGCAUCAGGAAGCUCAGAAAAACACCUGGAUGUUUAAGUCUGCAGCAACAGGUCGUCUGUUUCUGCUUCUUUACCCAGCACCUGCUUCCUUCAGCACAUCAUCACCACCACCUGGUCAGCAGGUGACACAGAUUCAGUCCUAUUUCAAAAGGAUAAAAGGCACCAAGGAAAAAUAAGGCUCUGAUUAACCUCCUACCUGUCCACGAGCAGCAUCCACACCCCUCCUGCUCUGUGGUCUUUAGCGUCACGGAUUAAAGAGACGGCACUUUAAACCAGAUGUUCAAUCUUGUAAAAAUUAGACUUUCGGGUACAUCUCAGUCUUGAUGUGAGGAUAAAGGAGAAGCUGAGAUGUGGUUAAAAGCUCAAAAGUAAAAGCAUCUGGAGAAGUAAAAUUCCCUGCAGUUACCGCCGACUACCAGAGGGGGUGCUAAAACGCCUUUAAAUCAACCGCUGCUGCUGGUCUGUCUUUGUAAUGUUGGUCCUGAGCUUCCAGUUAAUUUAUUCAUGUCAUCACACAUAACCUCUCACUCUCAUCCAAUGGCUGCACAAUUUGGGGAAAAAAAUUCAAAUGAAGCCAAAUUGUAAAAAGGAUUAAUCUGUCUGCUACAGGUUGAAGAGAUGAACUAUAAACUGCUCUGCUUUGUAACAGUCAGGUCUGCUUGCUUUAGUUCCCUUAAAGGGAUCUUUUUCGGUGGGGUUCUGUGGAGUAGCUCGAAGUAGUCGUAUACAACCUGCAGCAGAAAAACGUAUUUAAGCUGACACGAUCCGGCUUUGCUAAAACCUAAAGUUAGAACAUCCAACAUUUUCUAUCAGUUUUUUUGUAGAAGUUAAAAUAUUAGGAAGCCUCGGUCUGAAUUUUAACUGUAGAGAUUCUCAUCAGUCUUCAGGUUUAAAUAGAAAACAUGGAGCAAUUGUUUGAUAAUGAUUUAAUUUCACAUCUUGUGUCAAACUUCUGGUUUUGUGUUUCAAAUACUUUUAGUUUUUUUUUUUCUUCCUUUUAAGGAUCUAAUGAUCAGGUUUUCUUUUUAUAUGAAGCAGACAAACCGAGGUCAUUCCUCUGAUCAAACCUGAGCAGAGUCACCUCCCUGAUCGGCUGCCGUUGCUGGUUGUUUAAGGUGGAGGGGGGAUUCACAACCAAACUCAAAACCACACUGCGGUGUCUUGAAUCCUGAUUUAAAAGCCUGUUUUCUAAACGUCUGCUGGGAUUGGCAGGUCCUUCAGUUUAUCUGUCCUGUGAUUGGCUUCACAUCGAGCCUUCUCGUCGUCAUCCCCCUACGGUCCGAUAAGUGGAUUGGAUCUCUUGACUGUAAACUAAACACUGUAUCUGCUGCGUUUUAUUUCCUCUGAUGGUUUGGGACUGACUGACUCCAUAAAGGUCUAGCUUUGAAUGAAACACUGUGAUGAUAGAGCCUGAUGUUGGUGUGCAUCGACAUGCAGUAAAUGUUUGUUUUGAUGAAUAAAAAAGGCUGAAUAGAAACUGA